AUGCCGCUCCACUUGCUGGGAAAAAAGUCGUGGAAUGUCUACAAUGCCGACAAUAUCGCCCGCGUUCGGAGAGACGAAGCGGCCGCCAAGGCUACGGAGGAAGAAGAAGAGCGGCGCAUGCAAGAAGUCGAUGCUCAGAGACGACUGGCAAUCCUGCGCGGCGAAUCACCUCCCCCGAUAGAAGACGAACGAGACGCCGAACCAGAAAAGACAGACGGCGCUCCCAGUAGCGCGCGAUCAAGAUUCCCUGGUCAGGGCCGCAAGAGGAAGCGGCCCGGGGAGGACGACACCGAGUUCGAGCUGCGUUUGGCGCAAGAGAGGAGCAACGCAACAUACUCAGUUGUCGAAUCCAGUCGUAAGCCAGCGAGCUCGGCUCCAAUUGUCGAUAGCGCCGGACACAUUGAUCUUUUUGGCGACGAACGAGCGAGGGCGCAUGCAGAGAGGAACGAAGAGGCGGAAGCCGAAAAGAAAAAGAAGGAAAAGGAAUAUGAAGAUCAGUACACUAUGCGAUUUUCCAAUGCGGCUGGUAAAGAUGGCAUCAGCAAGCCCUGGUAUUCACAGCGCGAGGGAGUCGCUCCGGACGCUUCGUCCAAAGACGUCUGGGGCAAUAACAAUCCCGAUCGCAAGACUCGCGAUACUCAGCGAAUCAAUUCCAAUGACCCAUUGGCUAUGAUGAAGAAAGGCGCGUCGCAAAUUCGCGAUCUGAAGAAGGAGCGCAUGCGGAUACAGGCAGAGAGAGACGAGGAACUUAGACAACUGCGUAAAGAAGAACAUCGCGACAGACAUAGUCAUCGACAUAGAGGGAGAGAGGGGCGAGAAGGAAGAAACAAUUCAGAUUCCAGAAGGCGUGAUUCAAGCAGAGGGCGGCACAAAGAUGACUCGGAGAGACGUGAGCGUCACGAUGAUCACCGUGAGAGGAGACGGCACAAGGAAGAGGAGCGGCGAAGGCGGCAUGGAGACUCGCGCUCACGCUCCCCGGACAGGAGGCGACACCGACACCGGCGCGAUGAAAGAUGA